AUGGUAGCAUUCCGGUUGCUUUUCUUCUCUCUCGUCCUCUUCACUUGGAUUAAUGCAAUCUCAUCUGUGACGAACCCAAAAGAUGCUGCUGUACUCCGAUCAUUAAAAGAUCAAUGGGGAAACACGCCCUCGAGUUGGAAUAAUUCGGCUGAUCCUUGUGAAGCUUGGAAUGGAAUUACCUGCAACAACAACGCGAGCGUCAUUAAAUUAGAAUUAUCCAUACUGGGACUAACAGGAACAUUGAUGGGUGACAUCGCGGGGCUCACCGAACUAAUUACUCUGGACUUGUCAAUCAACCCUGGCCUCACUGGUCCACUUUCUCCUCUGCUAGGAGAUCUGGGAAAAUUGAGCACAUUAAAUUUAGCAGGGUGUAGCUUUGCUGGAAAUAUACCAAGUGAAUUGGGAAAUCUUGCCAAGCUAUCUUAUCUAGUACUUAACUCCAAUAACUUUACCGGUGAGAUACCAUCAUCUCUUGGUAAACUUUCCAACCUGUACUGGCUCGACCUCGCAGGAAACCAGUUGAUAGGGUCUCUCCCUGUAUCAACAGGGAUAGCUCCAGGGCUUGACAGCCUUAAAAAAGCCAAACACUUCCAUUUCAACAAAAACCAGCUUUCAGGCGAUAUUCCAGCAAAACUUUUUAGCUCAGACAUGCAGCUAAUACACCUACUGCUCGACCACAAUCAAUUGGAAGGGAGCAUUCCUUCUACAAUAGGACUGGUUCAGACACUUGAGGUUCUCCGACUGGAUCAAAACAUCCUGACUGGAAGUGUUCCAUCAAGCCUCAACCAACUCACGAAUGUCAAUGAAUUGAAUUUGGCUCACAAUAUGUUGACAGGUAAAUUACCAAAUUUAACAGGAAUGAACUCCCUCAGCUAUGUGGACUUGAGCAACAACUCUUUCCAAAAAACAGAAGCUCCAGGGUGGUUUUGGACUAUAGAGUCGCUAACUACACUGAUAAUAGAAUAUGGACCACUACAGGGAUCGCUGCCUCCUCAACUUUUCAGCUUACCUCAGAUUCAGCAAGUGAAACUGAGGAAUAAUGCCUUUAGUGACAAAUUAGAUAUGAGCGGCAACAUUAGCCAGCAACUUCGACUGACUGAUUUGCAGGACAACAAUAUACUAUCAGUAACGCUUGGUUUUGAAAACAAUAGUACAUUACUGUUAACAGGUAACCCUGUAUGCGAUGCUGCUCCAAAAAAUACGGUUUACUGUCAGCCUCAAUAA